AAGUCGUUGAAAUGAGGAAGCAGGAGGACGUCCACGCAGCUCAGACUGAGGGUUAGUCUGCUCCCGUUGGGGCCGCCUGUCUCUGCUCCCAGCUCCUGCCUCCUUUGCUUUCUGAAGCGGCCUGAAGGUUGGAGCAGAUCACCUGUUGGAGGUGUUUCCACUGCAGAAGGCCUGGAACUGGAGCACAGCCGUCCCUGGAACUCGCUCUGCUGUUAACAUCUCAAGAGGAAGCGGCGCCACAGAUUCAACAUGGCCGACAACAUGAAUUCAUUGCCGUUCUUCUACGGCAACAUCACCAGGGAAGAGGCAGAGGACUUCCUGAAGCAGGGCGGGAAGAACAACGGCCUGUACUUAUUACGCCAAAGUCGGAACUACCUGGGAGGCUUUGCUCUGUCUCUGUCCAACUCGGGUCGAUUCUACCACUACACCAUCGAAAGGCAACCCAACGAAACAUACGCUAUAGCUGGGGGCAAGAGCCACCGCAGCCCCAUGGAUGUGAUCGACUAUCACUCCGUGGAGUCGGAUGGUCUGGUGUGUCUGUUAAAGAAGCCGUGCAACAGACCCAAGAACAUGCAGCCAAAGGUGGGGCGGUUUGAUGACUUAAAGGAGAAACUGAUCCGGGAGUACGUGAAGCAGACCUGGAACCUGCAGGGGGCCGCCUUGGAGCAGGCCAUCAUCAGCCAGAGGCCCCAGCUGGAGAAGCUCAUCUCCACCACUGCACAUGAGAAGAUGCCCUGGUUCCACGGAGCAAUAACUCGGGAGGACUCGGAGCCCCGGCUGCAGAACGGGUCGCGCAUGAAUGGGAAGUUCCUGAUCCGGCAGAGAGAUCAAAACGGAUCAUAUGCUUUAUGUUUGCUGCAUGAAGGCCAAGUGAUGCAUUAUCGGAUCGACAGGGACGCCGGCGGGAAGCUCUCCAUCCCUGACGGGAAGAAAUUUGACACCCUGUGGCAGCUGGUGGAGCACUACUCCUACAAACCAGACGGCCUGCUGCGCGUCCUCACAGAGCCGUGUCCCAGACCAGACGGGGAACCUGUGAUGAUCGGGCGGCCGCUACCUGCGCUGCAACAUCCCGGCUUUGGCUCCGCCAUCCAAAAUGCAGCCGAUGGCCUUCGCUCCAUGUUUGGGCAGCUCAACAUCCCAGGAAGGAAGAAUCAGAGUCACAAACGCCGCCAUGACCACACAGACCUCAAUCCCUACGAAACCAGGGUGUCCGGUAACCUGGCAGCGAGCAAAGAGGCCAUGCCGAUGGACACGGAGGUCUAUGAAAGUCCUUAUGCAGACCCUGACGAGCUGAGGAGCUCCACCGUGGCUCGAGACCAGCUCUUCUUAGAGGAUGGAGAACUGGGCUCAGGAAACUUUGGCACCGUGAUGAAAGGGAUCUACAAGAUGAGGAAAACAGAGAAAACGGUUGCUGUUAAAAUCCUGAAGAACGACGACAACAACCCGGCCGUUCGGGAAGAAAUGCUGCGAGAGGCGAACGUCAUGCAGCAGUUGGACAAUCCUUACAUCGUUCGGAUGAUCGGCAUCUGUGAGGCAGAGAACCUCAUGCUGGUCAUGGAACUGGCUGAACUGGGACCACUGAACAAGUUUCUGCAGAAAAACAAAAACACGUCGGGGAAGAACAUCACAGAGCUGGUCCAUCAGGUGUCCAUGGGGAUGAAGUACCUGGAGGAGCAUAACUUUGUUCACAGAGACCUGGCUGCCAGGAACGUCCUGCUGGUCACUCAGCACUAUGCGAAGAUCAGCGACUUCGGCCUCUCCAAGGCCGUGGCAGAAGAACAGAACUACUACAAGGCCAAAGGUCACGGGAAGUGGCCAGUCAAGUGGUACGCUCCAGAAUGCAUAAACUACUUCAAGUUUUCCUCCAAAAGCGACGUGUGGAGCUUCGGGGUGCUGAUGUGGGAGGCCUUCUCCUACGGCCAGAAGCCCUACAAGGGAAUGAAAGGAAACGACGUUAUGCAGAUGAUUGAGAGUGGAAAACGCAUGGAGCCGCCGGCAAACUGUCCCACUGAGAUGUAUGACCUGAUGAGGACCUGCUGGACGUACAAGGUGGAUGAACGUCCCUCCUUCGCUGUCGUUGAGCCAAGACUACGAGAAUAUUACUACGACAUCGCUCAGUGACGGAUCAGAGAGGAAUAUCAGGCUAUGCAACAUUUGAUGGAUCAUUAAUGAGCCAAGCGUCACAGAUGCCUUGAAAUGGAGAUACAGUUUAUGCUUACAGCCACCCAGCAGUUUAUAGGAGCCGUUCUUUACUUCAUGACACCUGAUGCAUCUGAUGAUUAUUAUUAUUACUAUUAUUAAUGAGCUUUUUUUAAGCUAAAGCAGAAAUACGGCAUGCAGACUGGAUAGAGUACUAUGCACACGUCACAUGUAAUUUAUUACCUUCAUGCUGCUUUGUUCUGUUUGAUCUGUGCUUCCUUCUUCUUUAGGUUUUGACAUGUAAAUGCAAAAUAAAAUACUAUUUUAUUUUUA